AUGUCUUCGUUAUGUCCGACUAUUCCUGUACAUGGAAUCGCUGUGAAUGGUGAUCGUGUUACCCGUACUCUUCUUACCCAUGCUGUCAAGAACGAUAUUCCUGUUUCAAGGAUUUUUCAUCUGGACAUGUCUCAAUCGGUUAGUAGCCCACAUUGUGUCAUCGGAUCGAUGUCUGUGUCUCACAUCAGUGUUGAAAAAAUGCCUUGUGUGUGGUUAUACUAAAGUGGCGAUGUCACGCAGUUUUUGAAUAUUGGUGAAACACUUAACUUUUCAGUUAAAACAACAAAUUAACAGUUUUAAUUAAAUACACAAAAUAUCGUAUUCUACCAUUUUGCACAAAAGUUUUAUAUAUGGUUCAAUCAUUUUGAAAAUUUUCAUUGUUGGAAAACAGGAAUUUCGUGACAAUAUUUUUAGAUUAGGAAAUCGUUCGCAAUUAUGACGUCGCCAUCAUCGGCUGGAUAUCUGUGGCGUUUCAAAAGCAUGACUAAUAUUUUAGAUUUUUUUCUUUCUGCCUGCAGUUUCCCCCAUCUUUUAUUUCUUUUUUUUUUCAUAACAUUGGCCUAUAAAGACUCUAAAAUGUCAGAAGUUAGUCAAGGCUCUUUUUUAAAAUCCACUUCCAGCCGAGAUUUUGGAGAAAUAUAAAUAAAACAGAUUCCGAAGAGAAAAUCAUGGAUUAAAAUCCAAGAUAUGGAUUAAAAACCAAGAUAUGGAUUAAAAUCAGGACAAAACUUUGUAUGGUAUAUUACAUCGAUCUUGCAUGAUUUUAAAGAUAUGUUUCUUCCGAAUUUUAUUAUAUUGUCUUUUCUGUUAAAUAACAAUUCUUCACAUUUUGAUCUAAAUAAAAAAUUCUCACAUUUCAAAUAAGUGUGACGAGCCACUUUAAGUGAGAUGGAAAAGUAAAUUGACAAGGAGUUAUUAAUAUUGGACAUUUUGCUAUUAAAUUAUUACUUUGGGUAAUUUUCUUUCGUAUAAACAAGACUUCUUCAUGUACAAAAUAAUCAUAGUAAUAAUUUCAAAAAAUAUCCAAAUUGAAGGAAUUGCAAUAUGAUCUGGGUCAAUUUGAAAGCUUAUUUAGGGUGCAUAACGUUUUGUUGCUGAUUAAGCAUCUUUUAACAACCUGAGCCACGAUGAAAUGUGUUUUAGAGGCCAACUUUUAUUUUGUCCUAAUUUCAUUCUAUAUAAAAUAGAAAAUGCAUGCAUGCAGAAACCCUCGCCUUCUGACAAAACCAUUGUAUUUUCCGAACAUGAAGUAUUUAAAGUAGUUGUUAUGGUAACACAAUAAUUUUUUAAGAACAUUUUUACAAAUGAAAAAUCCCCUAAAGAUAUCACUUUAAUUACAAAAUUACCUACCAAUUUCCCAAACAUAUCUUUGUUAGGUAUGUUAUUAUACGUAAUAUAAGCUUCAAUUUAAGGUAAAAUUCAACCACAAACGCUUCGCAAAAGGUUUUAAAGUGUUCUCUAUAAAACUAAACUGCCUUUUGGCUUUAUCGAUAAACUUUGAGUUUGAAAUAAAAUGAUUUCAAAUUCUCGCAUGCAAAUAACUUUGCUUUCUUUUUUAUUUAAAAAGUUUAAUAUAAUAAAAAAGGGCAGUCAAUAAAGUAUACACUGAAAUUAUAUGCUGUCUUGUUUCGUUUAUACGCAACGUCUAUACGAUCGGCUUUUAAAGCAAUUAUAAAGCAAACAAUACAUGAAUAUUUAAAACAAACUUACCUUCGUUAACGUCGGCGCCUUUGCUCCCUUCUUUUAGCUGAUUCUUUCGCCCUUUUUUCUUAAAAAGCUUUUGAAAUUUACAAAAUAUUGCAAAAAUAAAAUAUAUUUGCAAGAAAUCAUCAAAUCAAGAAAUGUUUGCUAUUUCGCUGUCAUCAUGCAGUCGUUAUAAUGCAAAUUUUAAAUUUGACCAAUCAUUGUUCGCGCUAUUCAUGACAGUUCACCAUAUUUUUGAGAUCAGUGACAAUGACCACCCACCGUUGGUCACCCACGCCCGCGAUCAUUGAUAAACUUUAGACUUCGCUAAUGCUUUCGUUUCCCCGGGUGUAAAUAGCCGGGGGUAAUUAAUACCCUCGCCCCGGGCUUACGCCCGGAACGGCGCUCCGCGCCGUUGGCUUGGGGAAAAAACAGUUAUAUGCACCAGAAGAGUUUUCUCAUCUUUUUAUUUCAUUCAUUAUCAUCAAGUAGAUUUUAAUUGGUAAUUUCUUGUAACAAACUACUCUAUAACAAUAUUGCUGUAACAUUCACGUUAACCAAUACGUUCAUGAACAAUUUCAUUGUGAAUUCUAAUUGCUAUUCGAACUCAAGACACAUGGUCUUGGAUAAUAAAAGUGCAUGCAUACAUAAUUUUCAUUUCUUGCCCCUGACAACAAAUCUUUUCUUUCAUAACUUCAUUAAGGUUGUAAAAGGAUUGGAUAAUUUCUUGUUUAAACUUGUCAUCUUGCGAGUUGUGAAAGAUCAUGGUGGAAAUGUCUGGAGAAGAAAACCAACUGAUAUGUAUGUCGUUGAAAUUACAACAGACAAGACGUUUGAAAUAUUAACAGCCGAGGAUGCUCUACCAGAUGGGAGCUACAAUCAG